AUGGGUAAAGAAGAGAAGUCUAAAAGCAAGGGUCGUGCUGAUAAGAAGAAAUUGACAUCAAAAGAAGAAGUGAAGAAAAUGACAUCGAAGGAAGAAACGAAGAAGAUGACAUCGAAGGAAGAAGCGAAAUCUGAAAUGAAGUCUGAAAUUAAGACCGAAGCGAAUACAGUAGGAGAAAAGAAAAAGAAAUGUCAGAAGGAACCAGAGAAGGAUAGAAGAUCGAAAGAAAAAGACGAAGAAGAAAAAAAGGCAGACGAUAAAAGAGAAAAUGACGAAGGCGAAGAAAAAUCCGAAAAUUCCGAGGUUCCUAUUAAUAUCGAUCCCGAGGAGGCCAAUUUCCCACAUUCUGGCGGAAAAUCCGAGCAUAUCAUUGUUAAUUUUACUAACAAAAGGAUGGCUUUAAAAGUUAGAUGCGGAAGCAAAUAUUAUCGAGUAGAUCCAACAUAUAUGAUAAUCGAACCAAAUAAGUGUCGCCAAUUGAACAUCACCCGAUUAGCCGGUCCCAUUGGAACUGAUAAAAUUGUAGUACAGUAUUAUGAAUGUGAUAAGGAUUCUACAGAUGCAAAAGGAGUUUUCAAAGUUGCUGAUGCUGAAGGAAAGAAUAUUCCGAACAUUAAAAUAAAACUAAUCGCAUCAGCAAAAGGUGGUCCGAAAAUGUCGCGAGAACUCGUUGAUGAAUAG